AUGUCAUUUGAAAAGGAAUUAAAGGUUGCAACGCAAGCUGUGCGUAAAGCAUCACUCUUAACUAAGAGAAUCCAAGCAGAAGUAAUCGCUCAUAGGGAAUCUUCGACAAUCACGAAGAGCGAUAAUUCACCAGUUACCGUUGGCGAUUAUUCUGCUCAAGCUAUCAUUAUCAAUGCGAUAAAAUCCAAUUUUCCAGAGGACCAAAUCGUAGGAGAAGAGUCAUCAGAUGGUCUUAGCGACGCAUUUGUGUCUGAGAUCCUACAAAAGAUCCAGGAAAACGACAAGCUAUUCCCAGAGGAAUUUGGACAAUCUCAGGUGCCCUUCACAAGCAACGAAUAUCCAUUGAGUUCAAUCGCUGAUGUCAAGAAGGUGAUUAACAUGGGUGACUACGAGGGCGGGGCCUCUGGAAGAUUCUGGUGUUUGGACCCAAUUGAUGGUACUAAGGGUUUCUUGCGCGGUGACCAAUUUGCUGUUUGUUUGGCGCUAAUCGUCGACGGCGUAGUCCAAUUGGGCUGCAUUGGUUGCCCAAAUUUAAAACUUAACAAGUAUGGUGGCAAGGAAUUGGAAAGUGGAAAUGAACUAGGCUAUGUCUUCCGCGCUGUCAGAGGACAAGGUGCAUUCUAUGCAGCAACUGCCAGUGACAAUUGGGUUCAGGUUCAUGCGAGGAACCCAAUUUCUUCAAGUGAAUUGGUGUCAUUGGAAGGUGUCGAGAAAUCCCAUUCUUCACACGAUGAACAAUCCAUCAUUAAACAGCGUUUGGGCAUAAGCAAAUCACAGCACUUAGAUUCUCAAGUCAAGUACUGCCUACUGGCUCUAGGCUUAGGUGACGUCUAUUUGAGACUACCUAUUAAACUAGAUUAUCAAGAAAAGAUUUGGGAUCAUGCUGCGGGUAAUGUGAUCGUGCAUGAAGCAGGCGGAAUUCACACGGAUUCCAUUGACGGAGUUCCACUGGAUUUUGGUAAAGGGAGAACUUUGUUGACAAAGGGCGUCAUUGCUUCAAGCGGGCCAACCAAAUUACAUCAAGAUAUUAUUAAUAUUUCGUCCGACGUUAUUAGAUCUAGAUAA